UCCCGCUUCCCUUCCCUUCCCUUCCCUCCGCUUCUCUCCUCCUUUCUGCUCACCCCGCUCGUCCCUCCUCCCUGCCGGUGCUGGCGGCGGCUCCUCCUCCCGCGUGUGACCCGGUGCCGCAUGUGCACGGGGAGGAGGAGGGACCGCGCGGUGCGGGUCCCAGUGUGGCGGCGGCAGGAGGAGGAGCGGGAGCCGGCGUGCGGUGUCUCCCCGCAGCCUCAUCGCUGGGCCCCGCCGGCGCUCCCCAUGCCCGUGUGGUGCUGCCGCUGCUCCCUGGCCGGUCACUUCAGAACUUACAGCGGCACUGAAACCGAAGGACAGCUUUUGAAUUCCUUUGUUCAGUACUUUGGUGACAGCCUUGGGAGGAAGAUUAAAAGAAUGCCUUUAAUUGAAGAAACAGUUCUGCCUGGGGACUCCCUUCUUACCCUGCCUGUAGUAAUAAUAGGAAAUGGACCUUCAGGAAUUUGCCUUUCUUACCUGCUCUCUGGAUACAGGCCAUAUUUGUCUCCUGAAGCUAUACACCCAAACCCCAUUCUACAUACAAAAUUAGAAGAAGCUCGACAUCUUUCCAUUGUUGACCAAGACCUGGAGUACCUGUCAGAAGGCCUGGAAGGACGCUCCUCAAACCCAGUUGCAGUGCUUUUUGAUACCUUGCUUCACCCAGAUGCUGACUUUGGCUAUGACUACCCGCCUGUUCUGCACUGGAAGUUAGAGCAGCAUAAUUAUAUUCCCCACAUAGUGCUUGGAAAAGGACCACCUGGCGGGGCUUGGCAUUCCAUGGAGGGCUCCAUGCUAACCAUCAGUUUUGGAGACUGGAUGGAAUUGCCUGGCCUCAGCUUCAAGGAGUGGGCAGCUAGCAAACGCAGAAAUAUAAAGAGCGAUCGAGUAAUGCCAGAGGAAAUAGCUUGUUAUUAUAAACACUAUGUUAAAGUCAUGGGCCUCCAAAAGAAUUUCAGAGACAAUGUUUACAUAACAUCAGUGUCCAGGCUUUACCGAGAAAAGGAUGAUGAAGGUAGAAGUCACCAAAACGAAGAUAUUUCAACACAGCAUUUGGAAGUGGAAGAUGGACAGAAAUCACUUAUUAAGAGAAACUGGGAAGUCAGAGGUUAUCAGCGAGCAACAGAUGGCUCUCAUGUGCCCUUCUGCCUCUUUGCUGAGAAUGUGGCUCUUGCAACUGGAACCUUUGAUUCUCCUGGCCGACUGCAGGUUGAAGGAGAAGACUUUCCUUUUGUCCUCCAUUCCAUGUCUGACUUCGGAGCCGCAAUCAGCAAAGGAAAGUUACGUGGGAAGGCAGACCCUGUGUUGAUUGUGGGUGCUGGACUGACAGCAGCUGAUGCAGUACUAUGUGCCUAUAACAACAACAUCCCGGUAGUCCAUGUGUUUCGUAGAAGAGUUACCGACACAAGCCUAAUAUUCAAACAGUUACCUAAAAAGCUUUACCCUGAGUACCAUAAGGUCUAUCACAUGAUGUGUACUCAGUCUCAUACCGUGGACUCUAACCAACAUUCUGCUUACACUAGUUUCCCUGAACACAAUGUACUUUCCUUCAAGCCUGAGAUGAAAUGUGUUCUUCAGAGUGCCUCCGGACUGAAGAAAAUUUUGAAGUUUUCUGUAGCAUUAGUUCUGAUAGGUUCUCACCCAAAUCUUUUCUUUUUAAAGGACCAAGGACAUAGCAUAGGUCAUCACUCCAAUCAGCCCAUCACAUGCAAGGGGAAUCCUAUAGAGAUUGAUCCAUACACUUAUGAAUGCACUAAAGAAGCCAACCUCUUUGCUUUAGGGCCUCUGGUGGGAGACAACUUCGUACGGUUUUUAAAAGGAGGUGCACUGGGCAUUGCACGAUGCUUGGCAAUAAGACAAAAGAAGAAACAUGAAUUGAUUGAAAGUGGGGAUGGAGGAGGUGAGGGGGUACCAUAAAUGAGACAUUAGACACUCUUACAUCCAGGAUUACAGAUGUAGUCUUAACAGAAAACUCACUGGCAGCAAAAGUUGAUAGCAGUCACAUUUCUGUUGUGUACAAGUAACCUGCGCUUGUAUUGCUUGGUAAAGGAUACUUCACUCUUUAAAAAUACAAAAAAUUGAUCUGCUAUUCCAACUGAUUUCAACUGGAAUUGCUUCCAGAUAAACAGAAAAUGAGACUAAUUUAUCUUGGCCUGCCUGUCUGUCAUCUCUUGUUCAACUAUAAGAGCAGACUUCGUCUGUGAAAGGCAAUGCCUACAAGAGUGGUUUUACGUUUUAGUGUCAAAUGUGACAAGAAUACUCUUACCAUGAGAUGGAAAUAACUUCUAAAAGCAGAAAGCUUGUUUAGUACAAAGUGAUUCUUUGUCCCAAAGCAAAUUUGGAGCCUUCUGCUUGAAACAAGUAUUUUAUUUAUAUACCACAGUAAUACUUGGAAUGAGCACUUAGUAAAAUGGUUUCUACUAUAAGAAGGACUUCUGUAAGCAAGUAUUCCUCAAUAGUUCUAAAUUAUCCUGGUAAUUGGAAUAAAAGAAUAAGCAUUCCCAUUUAAUCUUUAACGUUUUGACACAAUCCAUUAAUGUUUCUUCACACUAUGCCUAGACAUGGGUGAGUGCACAAAGACUAACAUGAGAUGUUCCCCUACAGUGAUAUAUGUACAUUUCUGAGACUACGCAUUAACAUAAACAAUAAAGUACUGAUGUAAGUGCUCUUA